UCUCUCAAAAUCGACAUUUUGACAUUUCUUUGCCUCGCGCACGUGGGACUGACAAAUUCGUCCUGAAGUUAAAUCCGAGUCGAAGCGUCGAUUAUAUCGCAUUGAAUCGUUUACUCGAUGACGAAAGCGUCAGUAGAAUAGUUGUACACAAAGUACACAAAACUCAUGGAUCCUGGAAUCCUCUCGAGGCUGAUCCCUCAGAACAAGGAACAGGUACGACCUGCCUGUAAAAAGUGCGGAUACGCCGGACACUUAACCUAUCAGUGUCGGAAUUUCAUCAAGAUCGACCCGAACAAGGAGAUUGUGCUGGACGUCAGCAGCACGAGCUCCGACAGCGACGAGAAUUACGUAACCCCGUUGACGGAAUUGCGCGAGCGUGAGCUGAAGAAAAAGCUGAAAGACGCGAAGAAGAAGCGCAAGGAGAAAUCCAAGAGGAAGCGGAAGAAACGCGGGAAAUCGGACAGCGAGUCCGAGUCCGAAGGCUCCAGCAGCGACGAGGAGGAAAAGAGACAGAGACAUAAAAAGAGAAAGAAGAGCUCCAAGCACAAGAAACACAAGAAGCGCAAGAAGGACAGCUCGUCCGAGAGUGAAAAGAGUGACGAGAAAUAAAUUUCAUAAUCGUGAGUGUGAAGGGAUUCUUUUUUCUUUCCAAUUUAUUCCGUCGUUCAAUGUUAAUUAAAUGUCAUGACUGUGACAUUUUUUCUGUUUAUGCAUUUCCUCAUAUUAUGUAUGCUGACUCGAAUAAGAAUGUAAUUAUGCGUAUAUUUCUCCAUAUAUAAAGGACGAAGUGUGAAUUCAUUA